AUGGCGUCUGGCUCCGGACCAAUCACGACCUCCGUGCUGGAGGCUCAUCGCCCUGAUGCAAUCCAGAUCCCAAGCUCGAAGGGACCUGUCAAGCACGUGCAGAUCGACAAGAAGGCCCUGGAGCACGGCAAGGCUUCUGAGGAGGAGGACGAAGAUGGGCCCAUCUAUCGCAAGAAGAGGCUCCAGGAGACUCCGGGAGGGGCUUCUCAAAGGAGCCUGGAGGCCAAGAAGACUCUUCGUUGCCCUCGGGUGCUUCAGCUGCAGAUACUGGUGCUUCAUAGCUUCAGCAGACAGAAAGAAGGGCGCGACCAACAAAUGCCCGCGGGCCACGCAGUUGGCACCAGUAAUCCUGCAGGAGAGAUGGAAACGGUCUCAGUCAGGUAUUCCUUGGUGGACGACAGUGGUACGGAGCUGUUCCGCUCUCACCCGAGCCUGCUGCAAGCGCUGAGCCAGCAGCAUAUUGGCGAUGCUCAGACCUCUUCCUUGAGGCUUCGCUUCGAGGCUUUCGGGCAAGGAGUGGAUGUGACAAUGCAGAAGCGCCACUCACCGCUGGCUCGAGACCUCGAGAUCACCGUCGCCGACAGUGACGGUCUGCAUACGCGGCCGCUCGUACGGCAGCGCUCCAUCUACGAAGGACCAGGAGCCGUCCUGACCUCUGUGGGCAGUUCCCUCAAAGGGUUGGUUCGGCGUGGUGACACCUUCUUUGAUUUGGAGCUGCCUCGGAAGGGCUCGCUGCUGACCGUUCGCACCGGGAGGAUGGAGAAGGACUACUUGAAAAAGGCAACUUCCCUUAUUGCCACGAACGUGACGCAGCCGCUGCCAGAGAAGUGGGAGGAUUGCUACACUGGCGACGACAAGACGAAAGCGGAGGGCCACGGCAUCGUGAUCGCGUCCAAGCUUUACUCGCGCUUUAAGGACGAGGAUGAGGCAGUCGAUUACAUCAUAUUGUUAUUUACCGAAGCCAACUUGAUCUACAAGCCGCAACUCAACUUCGUGUUGGUUUGCAAAAGCCUGCACUUGCAAAAGGUCCAUGCUGGAGCACCUUCCUGGGAUGCAGGACCCACUUGCAGCCUGACAAUAGCCCAGCAGCUGGAUCAGUUCAAGCUGUGGGACCCUCCGAAAAUGCACAGCCUUUGGACCUUGCUUGACGACUGCUUCGACAUUUCCAAAGGCGGAACCAUCGGACUUGCUUAUGUGGGCACACUGUGCAUGAUGCACAAGAAUUGGGGGUCCUGGCCGAACACUGGGGUAGUCUGGUACUCCGAGCGCACUUGGAAGACCUUUGCGCACGAAGUGGGGCACAAUUUCGGAGGUCACCAUUCCUUUGAGAAUGGCCAGGGAAAGACGGGAGGAAUCAUGGACUACGGCGACGGCACAUUAAACGGCAUCUUCCAGUUUAACACCCAGUUUCGAAAAGAAGAAAUUUGCCAGACCAUCAACUACAUCCUCCCCAAAUGCUCUCAGAUGUGGGAGUUCAGUGGCGAAUGCGGCAACCGAAUCCUCACUGACGAAGAGGACUGCGAAUGCGAUGAGGGAAAAGAUUGUGCCUUUUGCCACAACUGUGUCUUGGACAGCGGCGCCGAGUGCACACCUGAAGGUAUGGGAGUAAAAUCCGUUGGACUCGGGGUGGCCAGUGGGGCUUGCUGCACUGCUGACGGCAAGCUGAAAUCUCAUGGAACGGCUUGCCAGGUCCCUGGUGUGGAUGAUGGCUUCUGCAGUGCAGGCUUGUGCAUCCCCGCACGUUGUCAGACGUUUACCUUCGUCGGAGAGUUCUGUGGUAUCAACGAGCACAACCAGUGCAAGUUCAAGUGCAAGGAUCCCAAUUCUGGUGCGUGUGUCACGAUGGACGGCUGGUUGGUUGGUGGUAAGCCGGCGAACCAUGUGCUUGACCAGAUCCCAUGUGCAUUCUCGCAAGAAGGGGACGGCAUCUGCAUGGAGGGAGACUGCAUUCCGGCGUGGUCGGGCUGCGGCAAUGGCUUGAGGGAGGCCGAUGAGGAGUGCGAAUGCGCCGAUCCGGGGACGAUGUCGUGCAGAUACUGCACAGACUGCAAGCUGCAGCACGGCAAACAGUGCACGCCGGAUGGCAAGGACUCCGGUUGUUGCAAUGAAGAUGGCAUGUUCAAGGCCGCUGGGACGAUGGUCAUGCAGAGCAACGGCUACCAUGGUUUCUGUUUCGCUGGUGUUACCCACGGCACCAAAUGUGAAGAGCUGGCAGCGGCUUAUGCUCCGACUUGGGGUGACUUCUGUGGGCUGCAGGACAACCCAUGCUUGUUCAAGUGCAUGUAUUCCGGCGCCUGCAACGCACUGCAUGGAUGGAAUCUGAACGGUCAGCCCCUGAACCAACUGCCAGACGGAACGCCUUGCGAACUGCAACAUGUGGUUGGAUCCUGCAACGCCGGGGAAUGCAUCCUCCCGCCGACGACAACGACGCCGAAGCCGACAACAACCACCGUCGGUCCAGGCAGCGUGGACGUGGACUUGCCAACUGGCGACGAGGGGAGCACGACGGAAGAAGCUGCAACCACCGAGCCGGAAGAAACGACGGAGGAGCCAACCGAGGAGCCAACAGAAGAGCCAACGGAGGAGCCAACUGAGGAGCCAACAGAAGAGCCGACGGAGGAGCCGACGGAGGAGCCGACGGAGGAGCCAACGGAGGAGCCAACGGAGGAGCCAACGGAAGAGCCAACGGAAGAGCCAGCGACGGCACCGAGAUGUGACGAGAUCAUGGCCGUGGGGUCAUUCUCAUGCCAGCUCCUCCAUGAUAGAUCUAGGAUGAGCUAUGCUGCAAUCGACGCCGUGUAUGGCUCCGACUGUUCUGGCUGUCAGGACCCGACUUGGCUCAGGGAUGGUUUCGUCAGGCAGUCCACGGAGUCGUCGUACACGGCACGGGGGGAAUAUAUGAUGGACCAUGAGGCCUUCGUUCGCAGCAACCUCUUUGAGACCAUUGUUGGGUGUGCGCCUGAGCUGUCUCCAGUGCUACACCUGGCACAAGAUCUGGACUGUCCUGAGUGUCGAAGACGACUGCCCUUAGAGUCCGGCGGAGUUACUCCGAUUGAUGUAGCAUUGCUGGCGAGGGUCGUCAUUCUUCUCAACUGUGCGACGAUCGGCAUAGAGGUGAAUGACACUGUUCAGCAUGUUUCUGAUGAGCUCAUGAAGGUCGCCUGGGUGGGUGAGCAGCUCUUCACGGCUUUCUUCCUCAUCGAGUUUCUGCUGAGGUUGUUCUUCCUCGGCUGGAAAAUCUUCGUACCGUGUGUAGCUAGUGUCCUGCCCAUGGGGGAGCAGGUGCAGAACUUCAUGGACGCACUGUUGGUCUGGGGGACUGGAGUGUUCCUCUCCUGGAUUCUCCCUCUGUCUACUGGGAGCAGUGCUGGCCUCUUCCGUGUUUUCACAGCACUUCGGGCCUUUCGGCUACUGCGCCUUGUGAGAGUCGUCAGAAAGCUACCGGCGUUCAACGAAGUCUACCUGCUGAUCCGUGGACUUUCUGCGUCGAUGCGGACGCUCUUCUGGACCGUCGUUGUAGUCUGCCUCAUCACCUACAUCUUCUCAAUUUUCGGAGUCGUGCUCAUCAGCUCUCGGGUGCAAGCUGCACAUGCUGCCGCGCUGGAGGCUGGAGACGUCCCCUCAGACGAGAUGGAAACCUUGGAGAUGCUUGUCGAGUGCACUGGCAGUGUCUGGGCAUGGAUGUACACCCUGAUCCAAGUCCUCACGCUGGACUCGUGGAAUGGCAUCGCUAGACCUUUGCAAAGUUACGUUGGUGGAUGCUGGGCCUUCUUCUAUGCGUAUAUUGCAGUGGCCGUCAUCGUGUUCAUGAAUCUGGUGACUGCCGUAAUUGUGGAAAACGCACUGAGCCACUCCAAGCAGGAUGAGGAGACCCUGCUGGCACAGAAAGAUCAAGAUGAGAAGCGUCUUAUGAAGACAUUCCGACAGCUCUUCACCAUCAUGGAUGAGGACUCCUCGGGGAGCCUCACACUGGAAGAGUUCCAGAAUGCUUUCGAGACCAAAGAGGUCGCAACAAAGUUGAGGCUCUUGGGUUUCAAGGAGGAUGACUGCCAGGUGAUCUUCAAUCUGCUCGACGAAGGUGACGGCUGCCUGACUAUUGAUGAGUUCUUCGAAGGCUUGCAGGAGAUGAAGGGUCCUGCUCAGGCGAAGCAGUGCUUCAUGAUCCGGAAGCGAGUCGAGCAGAUCUGGAAUCUGCUGCUGCAAUUUUCGCACGAGGUGGAACAGGACUUGACCGACAUCUCGAUCGGUUCGAAGAGGCACAGAAUGGGCACGGUUCUCUCGCGAGCGCGUCUGGUCAGCCGAAGCCCAACUCCGAUCGGUCGACUGGCGAAGGCGCCCCGAAGUGGGAGCUGGCUCGCAAGCUCGAACGAGGAUGUGAUGAGAGUGGAUUGCUUCCCUAGCAUUGCCGAGUCCGUCAUCAGUGCGGGCACAACCUCCCCUAAGACUCCAAAGCAACAUCAUACUUUCUCCGACGGAAGUGCCAUCGCCCAGGUUUUGGAGCGCCUGGACGGCCUGUCGCGCGAUGUGCGAUCUGAUCUACGGCAUAUGAACUCAAGGAUGACCAGCCUGGAGGCGGCUUCGCAACACUUGGCAACACGAUUGGAGGAACUUGCAGGUCUUGCUGAGGAGGGCCACACAGACAAGGAUCCGAAGGAGGACUGUGUGACACCUCCAGAUCUGGACAAAUCCUGCGCAUGUCAGGUGGUCAGUCGAGUCUAG